UCUAAUAUUUCUUUGAGUUUCAGACUUGACCACGUGGCACCAUCAUGGCAUUUUUGAAGGAAGAUCAAGUGAAGCUAGCACUUGAUGCUUUAAAAAAGUACCUCACUGAAGUAGAGGCUAAGAAGAAGCCUGAUUUGCUUAAAGAUGAUCAAUUUGUAUACUUGACUGGAGAAUAUAAAACAGCAAAACCUUAUUCGUCCUCUCCAAAGAGAAUAUUAUUGCCUCAUGGUUUAAACGAGCCCGGAGCUGUCGAUGUGUGCAUUUUUACUAAAAAUCCAAAAGCUGAAGUCAAGAAGCUUUUUGAAGAGAAAGGUGUCAAGCUGAUAAUAAAAAUAAUCCCUCUCACAAAGAUUGGCACUCAUUUCAAGUCGUUUGAAAGACGCAAGCAGCUGGCUGGGAUGUACAACGUAUUCUUGGCUGACAGUAAAAUAUUCCCUCUCUUAUUUAAGAAGCUCGGCAAGGCUUUUCUUUUCAAAAGAGGACCACCUUUUCCGGUCGACUUAUCAAAACCGAAUCUAAAAUCUGAACUGAACGCCGCCAUAUCUGCCACUCAUUAUCGGACUAGUAAGACUACAGCACUCUCCGUUAGAAUAGGGAAACUCUCGAUGCCAUCGGAGCACCUCCUCCAGAAUUGUCUGACAGUGUGCAAGUAUCUUGGUAAGCACGUCCCAAGAGGAUGGAAGGAGAUCAAGUCAUUGUACAUCAAGACAGUGACAAGUGUCUCUCUUCCUAUUCACAAUAGUUUAGACGUAAUGAUACCAACUAAAAUGGAUGACGAAGGCAGCUUGAACGAGAAUCAAGACCGAAUUCAAAGAAAGAGAUUGCGCAUGGAUAUCUAACUGUUAUUGUUGUUAUUGAUUUUCAAAGAAAAAUUAGAAAAUAUUUUACACUUUUGUUAUAAAGCGAGUCUCUAUUAUGUAUUAUAAUAUUAGAGAAAUUUGUUAUUUACAAUGUUUACUGUAUACAAAAUGAAUAUAUUUUUUGGAACUUU